UACGGAAGAUUUUUAUUUUUACUAAAAGCAAAUUAAUUUAACUAAAUUUGAGCAGAAAUAAUUGUGCGUGUUAAACGAAUAUGAGUUUGAGUUUAACAAGAAAACGCAAUCGAACCAGCGGAGCUGGAGACUCCCAAAAUGAUAGUAUCUCGACAAAGCGUCGAAAUUGUUCCAAUGGAAAUUUGACACAAAACACUACAUUGUCACAAAGUCAGCGUUCGAAUGAUGAUUCAAGACGUUGUGGAAAAAUUUUACACAUGCGUUUGACCAAUUUUAUGUGUCAUUCGAAUUUGGUGAUCGACUUCCAUUCCCGUGUUAAUUUUUUAGUGGGAAACAAUGGCAGUGGAAAGAGUGCUAUUUUGGCUGCAUUGGUUUUAGGUUUAGGAGGAAAAGCCAAAGAUACUAACCGAUCAAGCAGUGUUAAAGGUUUCAUUAAAAAUGGGGAAACGAGCGCAAAAAUUGAAAUCGAAAUUGCCAACGAUGGUCCACAGCCAUAUGAUCCAUUAGUUUAUGGCGACAAAAUUACAAUUGUUCGUACAAUAUCAACAAAUUCUGGUGCAUAUGCCAUAAAGUCUUCAAACGGUAUAGUUGUUACCAAAAAAAUUGAUGAUUUGCAUCGAAUUCUAAUGUAUCAUAAUGUACAAGUGGACAAUCCAGUUUUUGUCUUAAAUCAGGAUAGUGCUCGUGAAUUUCUCAAAGAACUUGAGCCAUCAAAAAAUUAUAGCCUUUUUCUUAAGGCUACACAAGUGGAUGUGGUAAUGGAAAAACUCAACGAAUGUUUUCAUUUGCACAAAUCCCAUUCGCACGAGUUGAGUAUUUAUAAAACUAAAUUGGAUAAACAACGUGAAGAUAUAAAUGAACAUGAAGAGAAGCUUAAACAAAUUUUAUCUUUUGAAAAAUUGAAGGAUGAAUUAUUGAGUUCUGAAAUAGAAGAAUCUUGGUUAUUGGUCAAACAAAAGGAAGACGCUCUAAGAGAAAUUGAUGAAAAACUUGAAAAAUACCAGAACAAAGAAAGAGAAAUACAACAGACAAUUCAAAAUAAGGACGAAGUAAAUUUAGUGAUAAAUCAAGAAAUCAAAAAAAAUGAUGACAUUAUUUCAAUAAAAAAUGAGGAUUAUCAACGUGAAAAUAUGCAUUAUCGAGAAAUAAAAGGAAAAGUCGAUGCACAAAUAAAAUUGUCAAUGGAAUGCCAGGAAGCAGUUGACUCCUUAAAAAAGAAAAAGUCACGUUUAGAAAAACAAAUUGAAGAAAUAAAUCAACACAUUGAAGAACGUUCCAAAGGCAAUCAAGAUGAUGUUGAUGCUUUGCGAGCUGAAAAUAAAAAAAGCAUAGAAGAUUACACCAAUCAAUGCGAAAUGCACAUAAAGCCGUUGAUUGGAAAUUUAAAACGUGAAUUGAAACUACUUAACGAUAAUAAAUUGCAAAAGGAACAAGUCAUCGAUGAAAUCAAGCGACAACAAAGGGAAUGUAUGGAUGAAAUACGUGUUCGAAAUGUACAAAUGGAGAAUGUGAAAGCCAGUGUAAAAAAUAAACUUUCAAUUUAUGGCGAAUACAUGCCCGCGCUAAUAAAUCAAAUAAGAAAGGCACAUUCCGAGGGGAAAUUCUCCCAACUACCAAGAGGACCAAUCGGUAGUUAUGUGGAGGUGCCAAGGCGUCAAUAUCGUGAUGUUAUUGAAAGCAUAUUAAAUGGGGCUCUGCUAAAUUCAUUUAUUGUUAAUAAUAAGAAAGAUCGCGAGACAUUGGAAGCGAUUCUAGAUAGAUUCACCCCAAAUCGUCCAAAUAUAAUCACAACCGCAUUUCGCAAUCAAGUACACAACGUAAGCGAUGGUUGUGUUCACCCGCCACAGGGCACAAUUUUGGCCAUGCACGAGAUUAAGUGCAACGAUCCGGUAGUAAUGAAUUGUCUUAUAGAUCGUGUACAAAUUGAGACAAUACUUAUAACUGACAGCAAGCAAAUGGCCGAAAAUUUAACAUCAAAUCGUGCAAAUGUUCCAAGAAAUUUGAGUAAAGUGAUUGUUUUAAAUGAAAAUAAUAUUAUUUUUGAGUAUUUUCCCAUGCCAAACUAUCGCAUGUAUACGACAAAAAUUAAACAAGCCAAUUUUAUACAAGUCAAUAUUGAUGAGCGUAUUAGGAAUUUGGCCCAUGAAAAAUCAUCAUUUGAGAAGAAAUAUAAAGGGCUAGAAGUUGAUCUAAAAACUACAGGACAACAAAUACCACAUGACUUAAAAAAUAUACAAGAAAAACGCGUUAAAUUGCACGAACAUGAAAACAAACUUGGCGAACUGCUAGAAAAAAUAAAGGAACUGCAAAAUGUGGAAUAUGCUGACUACAAUAAUGAAAUUGAGUAUUUGAAAAAAGAAAUGGAUGAGACAAAGGUACGACUUGAGCAGGUCGAAGGAAACCUAACGGAAAAACGUUUUCAAAAAUCCGACAUGGAAAGGGAUAAAGAACGAGUUGAAGAGGAACUUAAAGCACAAAAAGCCGUUCUAGAAAAAAUACAAAGUGAAAUAGAAACAUAUAAGUCUCAAUCGCAUCAACUAAAACUGAAACUUCGAAGCAUUAACAAUAAUGAAUCUAUAAAUCGUGACAAAUUAACGGAGUUAAAAACAAAACUAGAUAAGUAUCAAUGUGAAAAAAAGGAACUUUUGAAAGGUUUAAAGAUGGCUUUAGCUGCAGCCAAAGAAAAGGGCGAACGUAUAGAGACUGAGGAAACGUUGGAGGAGAUACGAGACCGAAUAGCAAAGAUAAAAUCCCAGUUGAAACAUGGCAUGCCAAGCAACCUAGAUCCCCAUGUAAUACGCGAAUUAAUUGCUACAAAGAAAGGAUCACUAGAGGCUGAUCAAGUAAAAUUUGAUAAUUUGAAAAUGUCAAUACUUAUGCUAAGAAAAUCAUUAAAAUUUCGGUUUGAUUUUUUGAAAAAACUGAAGGAACAUAUGGCAGUUAUUUUACAAUUGUCAUUUAGUAUGAUUUUAAAAUUACGAGAUUUUGAGGGUACUAUUGAUAUUGAUCAUCAAGAGAAGAAGUUGAAAAUUUCGGUUGUGCCACGUGAUCACAAUAAAAAUGCUGUAUCCAGCACAAAAGCACUCUCAGGCGGAGAACGUUCAUACAGUACAGUAGCAUUUUUAAUAUCGUUAUGGUCCUGUGUAGAUCAUCCAUUUUACUUUCUCGACGAAUACGAUGUGUUUACAGACGAAGUUAAUCGUGAGUAUAUGACGCGAUUACUUAUUGAUGAAGGUCGUAAGCGUGUCCUUCGUCAAUAUUCGUUCUUAACGCCUCAGGAUAUGACAUUAGAACCAAAAAACUUUAUAAAAAUACACAGACUUGCUGAACCUGAUCGUCGCUAAUAAAGUUUUAUUAAGUGAAUUAUAACAAUAAAAAUAGGCAGUGAAGAAAGCAGCUGGAUUUGCCAUUUAAUUUUUUUAACUUGAAAAUAACAUACAUAUAUGACUAAACUAUAUACAUUAUUAUUUAAUAUUUAUCUGUUAAACUGUCUUUGUUUUUUUUUUUUUUUUAAUAAAAUGUGAAAUAUUUCUAACUUAAA